GGAAAAUUCUAGCGUGAGGUCAGUAAAAUGGCCUCUUUGGUGAGAUCGCCACUGUGGCCAAUAGAAAAGUAAGUGGACUUAUUCAACUGCCACAUAGGAUAAUACAAUGCAUGUCACUUACCAUGCAUCUCCACAUCUAUUAAAAUUGCAAAUAAGUCCCUACCAUUAAAAUUGUUACAUAAAUUAUCUCAACAUUUAUGUAAAUUACAUCAACAUUAAUAUUGUUUUAUUAAUUAUAAUGAUGUUGUAAAAAUCAAAUUAUCAAAACGCAAAUUAUAAAGAAAAUAUUCAUCUUCUUCAUUCUUCUGUUCAUCAACAUCGUAAUAUCUCACCUCACCACCCAACCUUCGUCCGCCAUUGUUGAAUCAACUGAACUUUUCCAUUCUUAACAACACUGCAUACGAGCUAGCCAUUGAUGUUAUCGCAUUGAAUCUCCGACCAUAAAUAUACAAUCGAGGGCGACAAGUGCGACAUUCAGAUAUGGAACACACCGACGAAUCUGUUGACGUUGAGUCCAGAGACCUUCAUUCCACUAAAGGUACUGAUACGUAUGAUUUAGAAUCGAAUGCCGACGAGGAUGACAGUUAUUCAGGAUCCAGUGGGGAUGAAAGGUCAGAGACUGAAAGUUCAGAGACUGGCGAAGAUGCAUCUGAUAAUAUUGGAGCUGCAGUUCAUAGUGAGGUAAAUUUUGAUUCAAUUACUUCUGAUGAGAUUCGAGCCAUGGAAUUUGCUACUGUUAGUGAAGCUUAUGAAUUUUAUUACCGGUAUGGUAAAUGUAAGGGUUUUGCUAUUAGGAAAGCUUCUAGUAGGAUAAAAGAGUUAGAUGGUAAUAAAGUAACACAAAUGAAGCAGUUUGUUUGCAACAGACAUGGUUUAAGAGAGAAGAAACAUUUAACCAGGUUAGAUAGGAAAGUAGAACAUAGACGUUUGAGCCGUACAAAUUGUGAAGCUAGGUUUCGUGUGCAAUACAGAAAACAAAAGGAUAGAUAUGUAGUUACUGCUUUCGUAGAGUGUCAUAACCAUGAAUUAACCCCAGCUAGGUUUGUUCACCUGCACCCUGUUUAUCGUAAAAUAUCUGAAGCAGAUAAGGCUCAGAUUGAUGGUCUUCAAACACGUGGAAUUAGAACUUGUCAUAUAAUGGGGUACAUGAUUGCCCAGAAGGGUGGAUAUGCUAGUGUUGGAUUUACAAAGAAAGAUUUGUACAAUUAUUUUGAUAAAAAAAUGCGUGAGUGUAUUAAAGAUGGUGAUGUUGUCGCUUCUUUAAAUUAUCUUAAUGUAAAGUCGUCUACUGAUCCCAUGCUAUAUGCUGAGUAUGCCGUCGACAAUAGUAAUGGACGAAUGAGGUCUCUAUUUUGGGCUGAUGGCAGUAGCAGAUCAGACUACUUUUGUUUUGGUGAUGUGCUUGCCUUUGACACGACUUACCGGAAGAAUAAAUACAACUAUCCAUUGGUUGUAUUUUCAGGGUGUAACCACCAUUCUCAGACAGUAAUUUUUGGUGCUGCAUUGGUAGCAGAUGAAACGACGGAGACGUACAAGUGGGUGUUGAAUUGUUUUUUAGAGUGCAUGGAAGGUAAACAACCAAAAGCAGUGGUAACAGAUGGAGAUGGGGCAAUGAGGGAGGCCAUAAAACAGAUUUUUCCCGAUGCCACCCACAGGUUAUGUGCUUGGCAUUUGAAUAAGAAUGCAGUUGAGAAUGUGAAAGAUAAUCCAGAAUUUUUGGACGGUUUUCAAAAAGCCAUGUACUCAAAUUUCACAAAGGAUGAAUUUGAAGAGUAUUGGUCAGAGCUAAUUAAAGAAACUGAAGUGGAACAACAUCCAUGGGUUGUCAAAACUUAUGAGAAUAGGUCACUAUGGGCAACUGGAUAUCUACGUGAUCAGUUUUUUGGACGUAUAAGGACUACGUCUCAAUGUGAAGCUGUUAAUGCAAUAAUAAAGACUUAUGUCAGGACGAAAGGCUGCAUUUUUGAAUUCAUGCAUAAUUUUGAUCAGGUUUUGAGAGAUUACAGAAAUAAUGAAUUGGAAGCUGAUUUUAAGUCAAAGUUUACGGUACCUGUGUUGACAACUCAACUGCGUGUGAUUGAGAGUGAUGCCGCCAAUACUUAUACUGCGGAGAUUUUCAAAGAAGUUAAAGAGCAAAUUCUGAAGGCUGGUGCAUUGAUAGUUAAGCAUAAAAGUGAUCACGGGGAUACAAAGAUUUAUACAUUAACAAAAUUUUGUAACGAUACAUAUGAAAGGAAAGUUGUAUUUGAUGGUACCACAUUGCAAUGUUCGUGUAAGUUGUUUGAUUCUCGCGGUGUUCCAUGUUCUCAUAUAUUUUAUGUCAUGAAGGAUGAACAUGUUGAUCAUAUUCCUAGGCCCUUGGUAUUGUCGCGAUGGACCAAGGAUGCCAAAAUUGAGUAUUUGAACAACAUGGAAUGUAAUGGUGAUGUUGAUUCGAACGUAGUUGAGGAAGCUCGUUUUGGUGCAUAUUGUUCGGCCUUUACAAGUUUUUGCAAAGAAGCUGCAAAAAAGAAUGGUGUGUAUGGCCAAAUUUUGGAUGACAUUAUGAAAUUACAAAAAAAGUACUGCAUUAAUGAUGAUCCUAUUAUUGGGACACAAAAUCCAGCAGUCGGUGAUCCGGUGGCGGUUAAGAGUAAAGGUGCUCCAAAGAAAAAAAAGAAAGAACCAAAAUCUGUCAGGCGAUGUGGAAAAUGCAACGCUACAACUCAUAAUGCGAGGACAUGUUCCGAGGGUACACAAAAAGCGACAGAACCAAUAGUUGAUUUGCAGUCGGUGUCGAUAUCUGAUGCUAUAAGCCAAAUGGAUGAGAAAAAGAAAAGAAAAGCAACCUGCAAUGUUGACAGAAGUGUGCAAAAGAAGGGUUCACGUCCACCGAUACACCGUGGCGCUAAGGCCACAGUGACAACACAAGCAGACACAAAUGGAUGUUACAAUCAAAUGCAUUUCCAAGCACAGAUGGAUGUUACAGGCACAAGCAGACAUUUAAAUGCAAUGUGUGGAGUUCAACCUGUUAUGCCGAUGGUACCUCAAAUGUUUCAACCAAUGCAUUUGCAACCCGUAUACCCAAUGUAUGGAAUGAGUGUUGGGCAAACUGCAAGUUCGUGCUACGGUAUGCUACAACAGAGUGUCGGGCAAUCUUCACGUUCGUGCUACAGUCUGCUACAACAAGUUGAAAAGGCUGCUACUGAUGAUUGAGUAUUUUAGUAGUAGUAUAAUUGAAUGCAUUUUGAUAAUGUUGAUGUACAAUUCUGGUUUAAUUAUGUUUGUGGAUAAAUUGUUUGGGAUUUCAUGUUUGUUUUGAUUUACUUGGAGAAAUUGGUACAAUAGUGAUUCAUGACUGUUAUUUAUGCUUUAAUAUGAGUUACAUGUUUAGAAAGCUUAUAAAAUUGGCUUUUAUACCAGUAUAACGCAGGUUUGAGUCAUGUUUG